UGUCGAAUAUAAUAUACAAAUUACAGAGUACAAAACAAGUUGCAAAAAACCAAGUUAACACCAAAACACACACAGGUCUGACCAGCACCACCGUCUCGCAACCAAACCUAACCAAUUUUCCUCUCAUCCUCCGCCUCCUCCUCGUCAUUAGGCUCAGCUCCUCUGAAUCUGAAUCUGAUUCCCUAAUUAAAUUUGACACUCAAUCAACAUCCUCUAACCAUAUCAUAAAACCCUUCUUUUUUUUUUUUCUUUUUUUUUUUAAAAUUUCAUAUUUAAUAUAAAAAGUAAAAACACCAACCCCACCACCUAUUUUCAUUUUCUCAAAAAAUAUAUAUUUUUUAAUAAUAGAAAAGAUACAUUGAUUCUCUUUCUUUCAGACCCUCACAAGGCCACAACUUUAAAAUGCUUUUCUCUUCUCUCUCUUCUGCUCCAGAACUUGACUUUAAAGUUCUCUCUCUCUUUUUUGUUUAAAAAUAGAGAUUGAUUUUUAAAUAAAUUUUUGUCUGUGGGUCCGUACGAUUUGAUUGACAAUAUCUAUCAUUAGGGUUAUCAUAAUAAAAUCAUCGUCAAUGGAGAUGAGGAAAUUGGGUUUGUGUUUGGGAACGAGGAUCCUGGUGAUUUUGGCGGUGUGGGUAAGGCUAACGUGCGCCGCCGAUGAUUUUUCUAGUUCCAGUACUAGUUCUAGUCCUAGGGCUUUGUUAUUUUGUGCUAAGGAGUCCGUUGCCGAUUCGAUCCUAGGGUUUCGGGAUUCCAAUUGCCCCUUGUACGCUGAUGUUCGAUCCCUUGGUUCCGUUGCUGUUACCGAGGGAGAUGAGGUUUCGCUUCAAAGGGCACUAAAUAUAGUUCACAUGAACAGUCAUGAAUAUGUAGCUGUGCUGUUCUAUGCAUCAUGGUGCCCUUUCUCCAGGACUUUUAGACCAAGCUUUUCUAUCCUGUCUUCUUUGUAUCCCUCCAUCCCCCAUUUCGCAAUUGAAGAAUCAGCCGUCAGGCCAAGCAUCCUUUCGAAGUAUGGAGUUCAUGGGUUUCCUACCCUUUUUCUUUUGAACUCCACAAUGCGUGUUCGUUAUCAUGGCUCCCGGACAUUCGGUUCUCUAGUUGCUUUCUAUAGUGACGUGACUGGCAUUAAGACUGUAUCAUUGGAUCAAGUAUCCCUUGACAAAGUUGGGCGUCCAUCAAACAAUGAGACGCAUGAUAACAGUGAGCAGGAAAGCUGUCCAUUCUCAUGGGCAAGGUCUCCAGAGAAAUUGUUUCGGCAGGAGACAUAUUUGGCUUUGGCAACUGCAUUUGUUCUUCUGAGAUUGAUAUAUUUCAUUUUUCCUACUCUACUUUUCUGUGCUCAAUAUACUUGGAGAAAACACAUUCAGAAUGUGAAAUUAGGGAGUUUAUGGGAGCAUCCUUCAGCCUAUCUGAAGCGUGCAAUACAUUUAUUCAAUUCUCUAAAAGAGCCUUGCAAGAGAAGCAAUUUGCAGGAGGGAGCAAUGAAUGCCAGGGCUUGGGCUUCCAAGUCCCUUGCCACAGUUUCUAUCGGUGAUGCGAGCACAAGCCGGGAUUUGCCUGGAAGUUAAUGUAGAUGACCUUUCAUUAUUAUUGGAUUGGAGACUUGAAUUUUCUUUUGAAAGCUUUUGGCUUCAAAUUCUAUUUGCCAGUUCUUUUAUUUCAGAUAAUCAUCACGACAUCCUUGAUUCUCAGUUGGGUUGAAUGUCUUUGUGAUGAAGCUGAAAUAUGUUACUGUAUCUUGUUGUUGUAGUUGUCUGUUUCUCAUUUGUUUAUAUGUUUAGAGAACACUUUAUCCUUGAAAAGGUUAAAAUUUUAGACCGCAAUUUGUGAAUAGUUCAUUAUUAAUAGACUCAAUUUCCAAUUUUGUAUCA